CUCAGGUCAUGGAAAUCUGAACGCACUACCAGCGCUUUGGAAAAUUGAUGUAAUUAUACUUUCCUGUGGAUAUGUUGUCUCACAUUCCUACCGCCAAAAGGACCAACCGGUAAAGUACGUUAAAAUAUACAUUUAUUCAACAUUCUGGCUUGUAGAGCCAGAGGAAACUUUCCUGAUUCAAAUGAUAAUUUCUGCAAUUCAACGUCGGGUUUCCAGGCAAGGUGGUGAGUAAUCAUUGAAGCGCUGGCUAGUAUUCGAAGAUGCGUUUUUGAUUAACUUACAACACACAACCUCUUAUGUUCUUGUCAUCGGAACUUUUAACUGCAUAAAGGAAUUAGGAAGUAGCUAUUUCUACCGCGAUUCUCUUUGUUACUAAAUAGCCUGUAAUGCGACGCGCCGGGGCAAUUGGUCACUGGCGUCCUCACCCAUUCCACAAAUCGAAACUGCGAUGAGAAAUGUGACCGAUCGAAUCAUUACAUUACAUUUACAUCCUAAUGCUGAUCAACAUUGUGAACAAAUGUAGUGUUAUUGGUGUUCUUGUUACUGAUGAAUUUACAUCCAUCCAGACUUAUUCUUGAGGAUGGCAACGAAGAGUUUGGCGUCCGGCACACAAUGUGUUGCCAAGAGUGACCACAGCAAACCUAAAGCUGGUGAACUGGCCUACUGCAAAGGAGACAUCCUCACUAUUGUGGAAACAGGAACGGGGAAAGGACAUUACAAGGCCAGACACAACACCACAGGAGAGGAAGGACUCAUCUCUGCCACUAACGUGCGAGAACGAGAGGCCAUUCGCGUCAAUCCCAGUCUCAGUCUCAUGCCCUGGUUCCAUGGGAAGAUCUCAGGUCCUGAGGCGGUGUCCGAGCUGCGGCCUGUGGAGGAUGGCCUGUUCCUGGUGCGGGAGUCCAUCCGUCACCCUGGGGAUUACGUGCUCUGUGUCAGCUACUCCAGCCAGGUCAUCCACUACCGAGUCAUCUACCAGGACAGCAAACUGACCAUCGACAAAACCCAGUACUUCUACAACCUCUUAGACAUGAUAGAGUUCUACUCCAAGCACGAGGGAGCUAUCGCCACCAAACUUCUAAAGGCCAAAGAGAAGGAGGGAACCAAGUCAGCUGAGUUGGAGCUGUCUAAAACGGGAUGGCUGCUGGAUAUCAGGAAGCUGACCUUGGGAGAGAGUAUCGGGGAGGGGGAGUUUGGAGCCGUGUAUGAAGGAGACUACAUGGGCCAGAAGGUGGCAGUAAAGAACAUUAAAUGUGAUGUAACGGCUCAGGCAUUCUUAGAAGAGACCACUGUUAUGACGAAAUUACAGCAUAAGAAUCUGGUGCGGUUGUUGGGGGUGAUCCUACACAAUGGACUGCACAUCGUCACAGAGCUCAUGGCCAAGGGUAAUCUGAUGAACUUCCUCCGGACGAGGGGCCGUUAUGUCAUCGGCACUGACCAGCUACUACGCUUUGCACUAGAUGUAUGUGAGGGUAUGGAGUACCUGGAGUCUAAGAGGUUGGUCCACAGAGACCUAGCGGCCCGUAACAUCCUGGUCUCCAACGAGGGCGUGGCCAAGGUCAGUGACUUUGGAUUGACCAAGUUGGACUGCAAUGCCUCAGACAAUGCUAAACUACCAGUCAAAUGGACAGCCCCUGAAGCCCUGAAGAAAGAGAAAUUCUCUACACGGUCAGAUGUAUGGAGCUACGGUGUUCUCCUCUGGGAGACGUUCUCCUAUGGUCGACAACCCUACCCUAAGAUGUCUCUGAAGGAGGUGAAGGAGCAUGUGGAGCAGGGUUACCGUAUGGAGGCUCCAGAGGAGUGUCCCCCCAGUGUCUACGCCCUGAUGAGGUGCUGCUGGGAGGCUGAGCCCAGGAAGAGGCCCUCCUUCCAUAAACUACAGGAGAAGCUGGAGAGAGAGCUGACCAAACACAGCCCUGGCCCUGGCUGCUGAAGUCACUUUAAUAAUCCUAUUCAAAUAACUAUUGUUCUUUGUUUUGAGCUGCCUGGAGCAGGGACAGUAACCUGGGCAGGUGGACCCAAGUGGUUACCGCUCGCUUCACAGCUUUCCCGGGAAACUCAACGUAUUAUAGCAUCACACGGACGAAAGAGUAGCGGAUGAAGGAGUUCGCUUCUGCUGCAUGUUAUGUUUCUUUUUAAUGGAAUGAACUACUGUAAUGAAGAGUCCUUACACUUAUUUCUAUCUGUGGUAAUAGAGGGAGCAGCUCAGCUCGUCAUAUCUCCACACCCCAAUUCUGUUUCCUGAGUAACAUAUUAUUUGUGUUACCAAUAUGUGUUCAUUAUUUUUCUUUCAUAAGAGACAGAGAGCGAAAAGGAGAGAGGGAGAGCGAGAGAGAUGGAAAGAGGAAAAAUGCUUAUCCGGGAUUAAAUCCCAGAUCAUCCGUAUCUGCUUGUUUCAGACUGUAAUUGUCCAGCAAUAUGCCCUGCGACUCGGAGCUUAAUAUGUGAAAUCUUGAAUGUUAUUGCUGAUAUUAGGAAGGAAUUACAAAUCCGACAACAGUUUGUCUGUGUACAAGCUCUGAGGAGCUACAGGGGAUUGGGACGGAAUAUCCUAUUUUCUUUUCAGUUCAUUUGCCAUAAAUGUAGUAGGCCUAUACUCCCAUAAAACCAGUGACUCAUCAGGCCUUAGUCGAUCUAUCUAUCUGUGUAAAGGGAUUUUUUUUAUUAAAUCCAGUUCCUAAAAGCAAAGGGGGUGCUCGGAUUGAACAGUAACUUUUGGACUUUGGACAAUGGACAUUUACAAAGAAGAGAAACAUGCUGCAUCCGGGGUUUACAAUUUAAAAAAUAAAAUAAUGUAGAGCAUAUAAGGGACUUAUCUCUAAAACAACCAAGGUUCUCCUGUCUUCAAGCAGCCAUGAUUAACUCAGCCCAGAUUAGAGAGGGGAGAGCUUUUUAUUUUAUUAUUGUUGUCACGUUACAACCCAAAUUAAAGAUGUCAUUAGUUUUAA